GGGCCCCUCCCGAGCACCGCGCUCCCGCGUCCCUGCCACACGCGCUGCGGUGACGUCGCUGCGGGGCUGAGGGAUGCGCGGGGGGCGGGGCCGCGCGUCGCGAGCCGGGCACGUGCAGGGCCCUGGCCGGCGCUGGGGGGCGGGGCCUCGCCUCUCCUCGCGCGGCGACCGUUGAGCGCGCGAGCAGUCGUCGCGUCCGCCCGCCGGCGACGCCAUGGAGGAGCCGCAGCUGCCGCCCUCCAUCAACCCCAGCAACUUCCCGGCCAAGCUGUGGCGGCUGGUGAACAGCCCGCGCUUCCGCUCCAUUUGCUGGGACGCCCGCGGCGAGGGGCUGCUCAUCGACCAGCCGCUCUUCGAGCGGGAGCUGCUGGGCGCGGGGCCGGGCCGCGCCGUGGGGCCGGCGGGCGACGGGGCGGCGGAAGCCAGCGACCUCUUCAAGACCAAGAACUUCACCAGCUUCAUCCGACAGCUCAACCUCUACGGCUUCCGCAAGGUGCUGCCGGGGCCGGCGGGCAGCGCGGCGGGGCCGGGGGCCGGCGGCUCCGCGGGGCCGCUGCACCAUUUCCACAGCCCGCACUUCCGGCGGGACCGGCCCGAGCUGCUCGUGCAGCUGAAGCGCCUGACGAGCGCCAACAAGGCGAAGCUGGCGGCGGGGCUGGAGGUCACCAGCCGCCCGCCCAACCGCUUCCAGCGCCUCUUCGGCUCCGUGCUGCGUGGGGACCCGCUGCUGCCGCCCGGCACGGCCGGCGGGGCCAACGGCCUGCUGACUUUAGGACAGUUUCAUCACCCUUACCAUCGAGAUCGUUUUUUUCCGUACUCCUACAUAUCGACCUCAUCCCAGAACAACGGCACUUUACCAACCAAGAGUUUAGAGCGGCCUCCUGUUCCCUCCAGAACAUGGCAAGGUUCUCUCGGCUUGCUUCCAGGGCAUGAAGCUUCCCCGGCUUUUCCACAUAAGGGGGUUGCUUUUCCGAUGCUCCAGAGGCUUACCACAGAGGUCACGUACACACUCCAGCCUGUUGCUUCGCUUCUGCCGCUCCAGCAAGGCUCUCAAACUGUUGCCACCUCCCUUCCAAAAUACAGCAGCAGCACAGCUUCAAUGCAGUAUUCACAAGCCUACUAUCCAACAGCCUCGCUGCAGCACUGCUCCCCGCCUGCCCCUGUGGAUCCCCUGACCGGCUGCGCUGGUCCUGCCGCUUCCACCGACGCCCACUGCAGCUUUUUCCAGAGUCCUCCAGUGCAGUCACCUUAUGGAGCUGAAUUUCUGCCCUCGAACUGGCCGUGUCACACAUCCGAUGAGAACAAGAAGACAGAAGUCAGUCUCGAAGCUGUGUUUCAGAUUGUCGAUGAGAUGCAUUCGUCACCCAAAGCCGAAAUGGUGAAAGUGGAGCCUGUGGAGAGCGAGUGUUUAACCCCCCCGUCCAGCGGGGGCCACCAGCUGCUGGUGGGCACUGAGACCAGCAACACACCUUCCACCGGGGAGAGCCAGCUGGAGCUGCUGACUCCGGUAACUUCAGACAUGUCGUUUGUGAUGGAACCAGAUCAAGCUGAGACUUGUUCUCCGUCACAACCUCCUGAAUUCCUCUGUGCUGCCCAAACCGCUGCGUCUGUGGAAAGCGCUGCGGCUGAAAUAGUGCAAGAAUUGAUGGCCGCACAGCAAGCAUGUGAAAAACUGGGAGAGCAACCGGAUCACUGCCCAUCUCAGUCCUCUCUCAUGUUUAUUCAGCAAGAACCAUGCAGUCUAGAGCAGGCUGAAGUCAGUCCUGGAAACCACGUCAGUUCUAGCCUGCAGAAUCCUUUGGCCAAGCAGGAGAAUGCAGGUGUUGAAUGUGAAUCCGGGAUAUCAGACACACAGGAAUCCGCUUUAGCAACUCAACCUGUGAACAAAUCUGAAGAAAAUGCCGAUUCAUGUGUAAAACCUCGGUGCAGGAAAAGACGACACAGUUCAGACAGCGGCAAGUCCCCUGAUUUCCAUCUGCUGGUAGAUGUGGCUUGCAAGCAGGGGUACUUUCCCAAGGAAGAAACAAGAGAGUGAGAAGUGGGUGACAAGCAUGUGAGGAUGUGCAGCGGCUGCGGCUGGUUCCCUUCUCCCACCUCAGCGGCCCCGCUUGCACACAACGAGCACUUUGCGUCAUUUCAACUGUGGUUUUUAUAUUUUAUACUUUAUAUUUUAUAUUUUACAAACCCUCUGUGCUAUCUUUUUAACUUUGUAGGAUAUUAGUCGCUGCAUUUUUAUACCUCUUCCAUUACAUUUUCUACCUGUUAGGCUAUAAGGUAUCUAGUGGUAGAGUAUUUAAUAUGAAGUAAUUAGCUGCUUGUAUUUUUUAGAUAUGGGAAAGUCUGAACUUUUUGUAGAUGAGAAGCCUUUGAUAACUUUCUUACUGGGAAACAAAUAGUUUUUAGCGCUGUAUUAGGAACCUUUUUAUUGAACAUUAUUGGGAGCUACAGUACGCUCGGCGUAGAUGGUGUUGGGUGCUCUUGUGGCUUUGCUUGAAGUCGCACUCUGGCCCUUAGCUGGGAAUUGUGGAUGAAACAAAAGCGCAGGGAAGUCACAAGAUUCUGGGGCUGAAUGGGUCAGGGCUUUUGGGAGAGCAGCUCUAGGAAAGAUGAGCUAAUUUUCUGAGUGAUUAACCAGCAAAUGCUCUUCCUUCCUAAAGCCGUGCUCUUAGUGCGUACCCGUUCCACGUGACAACCGCUCCUCGCUUACGUUCAUAAGGAAUUCUUCUGUUUUAAUGCUUUUCCUUUGAUUCUAAUGGUAUCUGUAACGCUAGGUAAUUUGUUGGUUUGAUACUUUAUUUUAAGUAGGUCUUCAAAAUACUUUUUCAAGUUUUAAAAUACGAUAGUAUCUAUAUUGAUAGUAGAUCUUAAGUUUUUUAAUAGCUACGUGAUUUUAUUUAUGUCAAAAUACUGUUUGAAGGAUAAAGGGGCCCCAUUCUGUGUUUGUGUUGGUAGGGAAAUAACAUGUGAAAGAGCACUUAAAAGAUAAAUGUAAUUGCUUCAUGCAUAUUCAUACUGCUUUUAUAUUUAACGAGAGCCAGCCCUGAGCAAAAGGCGCGGGGCAGGAGCAGAGGGAGUUUCUCAGACCCCCUCAGUGCCCGCAGAGCCCCUGCGGCGCCGGGCUGCGGUGAGCACGAGCGCCAGGGCGGACCCACACAAACCUGUCGUUGGUCAACACUCCGAACCCGACACAUGCAAUCUGAGGAUGCUCUUGGGUGGGGCGGAGCCUCACCCCACGGACUGUCCUGGAAUUUGUGAUUCUUUGUUGUAUAUGACAUGUGUGCAGUGCAGUUCCAGUUGAUGUGAGUGGUGGAAGGGCAUGUGCUACGUUCCAAUCUCCACCUCCUGUGAAACGACGUGGAAAGCAUUUCCAAAUGAGACUGUCCAGGUAGUUAAAAGGAAAAGACGUUUGAUACCAUUGGUGCGGCUUUGGCACCCGAGUUUGGUUCUGAGCUCCCCGGCUGAUGUGGUUUGAGACCAUCGCUUCAUAUCCCCUGGAAACAGCCGCGGUCUGUGUGUCCUGUGGGGUUGGUCCGGGAGCACCGGGGAUGGCGAUCACAGGAACUCAGCCUCGUCAAACGGGAGCUACCGGCUUUUUAAUUCACAGAAAAUACAAAGCGAACUGCUUAGCUUACCUUUCUUCCUCUUGUUUACCACCAAAAGAUUUUCUAUUUUUGGAGAUUGAAGUCAGGAGAGACUUUUUAUCUGAAUACUUUGUGGUUUUAAAGACAAAUGAUGAAAUCUUAGUAUUAAAGUUUUUUAAUAUACUCAUUUGACAAGGUUACGGAGCUGGAUCUCCUGCAGUACAGCACUUUAAGAAUAUACUUGUGUGUAAACUCUAUGCAUCCUUAGCUGUGAGAGAGCACAGGAGAAAGGGCACUUGCUGCUUUAGGAAAUAAAUAUAAUAUUGCACAAGGCCUCGCAAGUCUUUGGUAACUCUAGAUGGAAUGUCUAGUGUUUUAGCACCUUAACGUGGAUGUAGUAGAUCCGUAAAUAAUAUGAAAUAACUUCUGUAACAAGAUGUUUUUAACGAUAUUUUUCUGAAUGGGGGCAGAGUGGGUUUGGUUAACCUCAAGGGUGUUCUUUUGUACUCCUGCUUAGGCAGCAUGUUUGCAGCAAUCUGCAAUAAAUUAAACUUUUAAACCAAAA